AUGCCUCCCAAAUCCGCAAUUCGGCGCACAAGACGCACCGCCGAGGAACCCACCUCGACCUCUGUCCCCACCAGCGCAGAGUCUACAGCCCCCCCAAAUGCAUCCGAGACUCCAGUACCCCCAAGUGCAUCCGAGACUCCAGCACAGGCUGGCCCAUCUGCCACUACAUCUUCCCGACCACCAGUGCAGCGACUGCAGUCACUCAAAAAACGCACACCAGCCGGAAGUAUUUCACCCAGUGGCCGGCCGCCCUCUGCGCUCGGCGGCGAGCAAGCGAAGCCGACUCUAAAAUACAAGCCACGGGCCGUCGGGCGUCGCAGCAAGGAAGAGCGUGAGGCAAUCGAGAAACUCGAGCAGGAACGAUACAAUGAGCGUCUCAAGGAAGCGGCUGCUAUCCAGCGAGGCCGGCGCGGAGCCGCGUCUACGAACAUCCGCGGCGGAUUCCGUGGGCGCGGUGGCCCGAUGGGAAUGAGCAUGGGCGCUGGUGCUAUGAUGUCCGGUCGAAGAGGCAGAGGCGGCGGUGCCGGAGGAGGAGGAUCUGGUUAUGACUCCCGACAUUCCUCGACUUUUGGACCGCGGAGCCGCACGCGUAUUGACCAGAUCAAUCUGGAGAGCAGCGAUGAGGAGUACACCCAAUCGCACACCAUCAAGGGUAAGAUGCCUAUUCGGGAGCGGCGCGAGAGAGGUCUACGGCCGGUGCGUGUGGAGCGACAUCCGCACGAGGAACGGGUCGUCAGUGUCAAUAUGGAGUCAAGCUUGGGCGAGGCCGCCCAGCUGCGGGAAAAGGCUCGCGCGAAGGCUACGGAGAACAAUGCGCUGUUUGUGGACGAUGACGGCCCGGAUACAACUGCCGCAGCAGAAGAGCCACGCGUGAAGCAGGAGGACGACGAUGCGGUCAUGACAGACGACAUCCCCCUCGCUGAUGAUGACGAACUUUUACCCGCGCAGAAAGUCCGCGUGCGCCGGAAGCUGGCUGCCCAGAAAGCCAUAGAAGAGAGUCUACCCGAACCAGAGUCGGAACUGGAAGCUGCCCGCGAUCCCCGGCGGCUUUUACGGACUAGGGAGGAGAUUGAAGAGUACGAGCGACACCAGCAUGACCUUGAGGUCGUGCAGCAUCUGUUUUCGAAGCCGGUCGAGAAGCCCGAGACUACGGAGGCUCAACCCGCUGAAGGAGAAGAAGCCGAAACAGGGGCGGAAGAACGAGGAGAAGAAGAUGAAGCAGAGACGUCGGCCAAGAGUUAUCUGGCCGGCAGGCUUUUCCUCAUGCAAUUCCCACCGAUGACGCCCAACCUGACCAUCCCCGGCACCGCGGAGGAGAACCAGCGGGAGCCCGCGGCGCCAGCCGCUGCGUCGGGACAGACCGAGCCGCCCGACGUCAAAGCUGAGGGUGACGAGGUGGAAAUCGUCGAGGGCGGCCAAGCGGCAACCACACGCUCACCGGGCAAGAUUGUCACCGCCGCGGCAGACACACCCCUGCCGGCGGGACGAGUGGGCAAGUUCAACGUGCAUCGCUCGGGCCGCAUCACGCUGGACUGGGGCGGGAUCCUCUUCGAGCUGGACCGUGCCGCGGAAGUGGAUUUUGUUCAGGAGGCACUGGUGGUCUCGUCUGUGGGUGAUGAUGACGAUGGUGAGACUCCGGAGCGUCGCGUCUGGGCCAUGGGCCAGCUGGGGGGGAAGUUCACAGUGACUCCGGAGUGGGAUGCACUUCUGUAA